AUGAAGAUCUGGAAAGUUCUAGUAAAGUCAGCGGUCCUAAUCGGCAUACUUUUCCAGGACACAGAGGACAUGCUGGAGAGAUCCAGGAAGGAAGGAGUCCGAGCUCUGGUUUCUGUUACAGAACACAGCAGAGAGUUUGAAAGGCUUAUUCGACUUUCAGAAAGCUAUCCAGGUUUUCUGAUGCCUUGUUUUGGGGUUCACCCUAUUCAGAAUAAUGGAGAUGGUCCCCGCAGUGUCACGAUGAAGGAUUUGGAAGCCGCCCUUUUGUGGUUUGAAAAGUACCAAAAGGAUCUGGUUGCUAUAGGAGAGGUUGGCUUAGACUUCACCCCUUGGCUUACUCCAACUGCUAAAGAGAGAGAAGAGCAGCUGAAGGUUUUAAAACUACAACUGGAUUUUGCAAAACAAUGGGAUCUGCCUGUAAAUGUCCAUUCCCGCUCAGCUGGAAGACAAACAAUAGAAUUCUUGAAAGAACAGGGAAUUGAGAAAGCUUUGCUACACAAUUUUGCCGGCCGACCUUCAGCUGCCUUGGAUGGUGUGAAGGCCGGGUACUUCUUCUCCUUUCCCCCUGCAGUUACGAAAAAUAAUCAGAGAGAGAAGGUAAUACGACAGAUCCCGCUGGAGAACAUCUGCUUAGAGACAGAUUCACCGGCACUCGGGCCAAACAGAGAGGAAAGAAAUGUCCCAUGGAAUAUCCACAUCCCCUGCGAAUAUAUUGCCCAAGUGAAAGGUCUUUCUCCGGAGACAGUUUGGGAGGCAACGACGCAUAACGCACUGCGGCUCUUCCAGAAAAUGAAUCACAAGUUGAAUAAAUAAACCUUCGGCAGAAUUCAUUCUUCAGAUUUUUGGAACAACUAGGUGAAUGCUCUUCAGAAGCUUUGUGCAGGACUCAUUUUACCCUCCACCAUGAAGGGAGAGACACUGCAUCUGUGGCUCAAAAUACAGAAUUGGGAGAAGUGAGAUAGUUGUAAAAGAACAUGUAAAAAUGUAAUUAUUGGCAGCAAUAAAGUUUUUCAGUGUG